AUGAAGCAUUAAUAAAGAAUAGAGAUAAUGAAGGUAUUAAGAAAUCAUAGAAAGAAUUUGACAAAUGACUUGAAAAAAAUAUUCCAGUUUUUUGAUAGUUUAAGCUAAAAUCUAUUGGGAUAAAGAUAAUUAUUAAUAAGUUGAAAUACUAUUUAGAUAAUCAGUAGAAUUUUGUGCAGAUCAUGAUGUUUUGGAAAAAGAAUGUUGCAAUAUAAAUUUUUUGUUUAAGACAACAAAUAGAGAGAAGCUAUUCGAUAUUAUGAUUCUAUAGUAAAAAAAUAAUGAUAAUCUUUUGUUAUUAACAGCUAUAUUAUUAUUAAAUAAAUUGAAGAUGCUCAAGAAUUAAUGCGAAAACUAGAGGAAGAGGAAUAUAAAUCUCAAUAUCAGGAGCCUAAUAAGUUAGUUUAUCAUCUUUGCAUUGUAAAUCUAGUUAUUGGAAUUUUGA